UUGCUUAGAGAGUCUUUAUUUAAAAAAGGAUGUGAUGUGUGUUUUGCCAACGGGCUAUGGCAAGUCUUUAAUUUUCCAUCUUCUGCCAAUGUUGUUGUUUGCGAAAUACAAUUUGCGGAACGAUAUGUUUCAAAUUUGGAGACGAGUUUGGAGAAGUUCGAAAGAUAUUUCUACGGCAGGGGUUAUUAAUUCCAUUACAAUUGUGGUGUCACCGUUAAAUUCGUUGAUGAGUGACCAAAUAUCUCGUUUAACCCAGUCGAGCGGCAUCCAAGCAGCAAUUAUCGACAUAAAGGAAUUAAGAAAAGAACACAAGGAUAGCAGUUCUGACGAGAGUAUGGACGAUGACGAUGAUUUUAACGUUGACAUUGAUUUCAACUUCUGCGAAAAGCGAAAGCUACUCGAUGGUGGUUAUCAAAUUGUUUUUGCCCAUCCUGAAACUCUCAUCUCCAGUAAAUAUGGACGGGAAUUGUUGCUUAGCCAGACAUACCAGGAAAAUGUUGUUGGAAUUGUAAUAGAUGAAGCCCAUUGUAUUGUCGAUUGGGGACCUGACUUUAGAACAGAUUAUGCUAAAUUGGGGGUCGUAUGUGCAAUGUUUCCAGAUGUGCCUGUUCUGACAAUGACAGCAACUGCCAAUAGAACUGAUAUUGAGUGUAUAAAGGACUCACUUGGCUUAAAAAAUUGCAAGCACAUUGUUGCAAAUCCUGACAGAAAGAAUAUUUUCUACCAAAAGAUUUUUCGAACUGGACAAGAUGUUGAUGCCAUUCAAUCAAUUUUGGCACCAAUUGCCAGGGCCCUCCUACAUCAAAAGAUUGACCAUCCACUAACCAUAAUUUACAUUCCUUUGAGAAUAUGUGGGUUUGCGUACAAACUAUUUGAGCAUAUUCUUGGUAAUGAACAAUAUUUUCCUCUUGGUGCUGCUUCAAUCCCAUCCAACAGGUUGUUCGCACAAUUCCAUGCUCCACAGACCAGUCAGAUGAAGGAAGAGAUCCUGAAACAACUUUGUUCUAAGGAAUGCAUUGUUCGUGUUGUUUUUGCUACCAUAGCCAUAGGAAUGGGUGUUGACAUUCGAGAUAUCCGCCAAAUUAUACAUAUUGGACCCCCAAGUUCGGUGAAGGAAUACUUCCAAGAGACCGGUCGUGCUGGCAGAGAUGGCAAGCCCUCAACUGCUUUGUUAUAUUAUAAUAACAGAGAUAUAGCCAACAACAGAGUUGGAAUGCAGGAUGAUAUGCGGGCCUAUUGCAUGAGUAACAAUGCAUGUCUCAGAAAUUUAUUGCUAAAAUCAUUAGAUUACAAGCAGGAUGUUGUUUUUAAGCCAUUACACCUUUGUUGUGGUGUCUGUGAGAAAGACUGUGAUUGCCCCAUGUGCUUACAGCUCCUUACUGGUAUAGAGAAACUUUAGGUACUGUACUAAU